AUGGCUCCCGAAGAAGAGAAAUUUUCGCCGAGACUAUGCGAUUUCGCCAUCGAGUGGGCCAUGAUCUGUACAAUAAAUGAUCGGGAUGAUUUAGCCGUUAAAAAUCUUCAGUAAGUAAAAAUAUUUAACAUAUACGUAACAUUUUUCAGAGAUUUUUCUGGUUGGUUUAUGGAAAAUCUGAAACGGGAAGCAGUUCAAAUUGGCGUUGCGCUGAACUACGAGGUUAUUAAAUCAGAUUUUUUUUUCUUAAUUUUUUCUUUCAGCCGUUGCCUGUCAUGAUUACUUAUUCCACGCCAAACAAUAUAAACUCGUGUCACGAAGCGUAUAAAAAUGUUCUAAAGGUGAGGCUUGUUUUCUUCGGAAUAAACCUCGUAGAAAUUCCUGGUAAAGACUUACAAAGGUGCAUAGAGGAAAGAAAAAUGACUGCUAUUUAAUUUUUUCUUCUUUGGUUUCAAUUUUAUUUUCAGUACCACCCGGAAGUCACGUUUGUGGUCCACGUUCUGCCGGGCCAAGGAUCCAAUGAACAUGUUUGGAUGAAAGGGCUCGCCGAACGAUACGGCCUGAUCCGUCAAGGAGUUCUCUAUGAAAACACUAUCACCCGCUUUGGCGGGCUUGAAAUAAGUGGUGUCUUCAGGUAAAGCCGCUAAGUUUUCGCGCUUUUUUUUUUGCAAAAUAUUCAAUACUUAAAUUCAUUUUUUUUUUUUCAGAAACAUGGUCCAAUGGAUCACUCGCAGUGGCUUACACCUGGUACGCCCUGGUCCCACGUAAGUUACAUUUUCUAUUUCUCUCAGUUCUAAUCAUUAAUUGAUAAAUGAUAUAUUUACAGAAUGUGCAGCAUCCGGGUAGGUGGCGGGAAAGAGCCAACAGUGAAACAGCUGAAAUUCAAUCACGGCGACAUCCAAGAAGCCGUCAACGCGGGACUGCACAGUUCAAAGUCCCCUCAAAGUUUGUCUUUCAUUUUUCACUUUGGGAAUGCAAUCAUGUAGUUUUCAUCGGUUUAAAGUAAGUGUAUUAAUGAAGGUCAGUUUUGAGAAAAUCUUCCGAAAUAAAAUAUUCGAAAAAGGAGAAAAACCUUGAGAAAAGAGUCGAGAGAAUCGCUGAUAUUCAAUGCGGGAUUUUUAUGGAAAAGAGAAAUAUAGUAUCGGGCAUAAAAAAGAAAAGUUUUUCGAAAAUAUUAUGAUCAGAUGUUCAUUAUUUUAAUAGACGUCAGUGAAAAAUCAGGACCAUCGCCUAAUUAGGAAAAUCGGUUUAGUUUUUAAAAAGUUUCCUGAAAUUUCGCUAUAUUACUAGUAAAAAUUCUGAAAACCUUUAUUUAACCUUUUUUGAAAACGUCCUUCAAAGUUUUUGUUUCGGAAAUCGUAAAAAUAAAUUCAUUUGAUACUCUCAAAAACUGUAGUUGGUUGAACGUCAACUUUUAAAGUGAAAAAAAGGAUUUUGCAAAACUGCGUGGCUUGAAGACGGUGGCAUCAGUUCUUGCAUUAUCUUUUGCUUUGGAACAUCUCGAAAACUGCAGACAACAUCUCCAACAUUCUGGUGAGCGGCUACCCGAGCAUGCACAAUCAGUUCGGCGUCGCCCAACUGCUCACGCCUUUCCGCGUCAUCGGCGUCAUCCAACGCUCCGACGGCACGGCCAUCGUCGAGAUGGAGAACGUCUUCCACGCGAUUCAGGUGAGAUGGGCGAAAAUUGUGAGAGAAAUCCAAAGUAUCUCACUUUUUUUUCGCUUUUUUAAUCUCCUAACUGCAAAUUCUCAAUUAUUUUGAACUGCUGUUUUCAAAUGAAUGUCACUCCUGGGAAUAUACAAAAUUCAACUUUUGGUAAUAUUAUUUUGAAAGAAUUUUCAAGUUUGAAUAGUGGAAAAAAGAUUGUACUGUAGGUUAAUAGCUUUCAUUUUUAAAAAAAUGUUUGAGCCCAGGGGUCACCCGAAUGGUUAAAUAACGCCGGGUGAUCGGCAUUAGCACUCGUAGAGCAUCCGUUUCGCAAAAUUAUGAAGUAUGAGGAGCUACUGGCUAGCUUAGAGUACUUGUAAUCUCCAAUUAAUACGUUCAAUAUUUUUGAAUAAAAUAGUUUAAUCUCGAGAAACUCUUUCAAAGCUAACAUUUUUCUUCGUAUUUCUCUCAUCUAAUCAUUUUCCUUUCAGGCAGCAAAAACCCUGAACGGCAAGAUUCUUGACCGAAAUCAUACGCUCAAAGUCGAACCUUUGAACGAAUUGACUCGUGAAAAGUUGGCGGCAAUGACGUAA